AUGAGCGACCACAGUAACGGCGACCUAGCCAAGGCCACCAAACUCAAAGGCUUUGACAGCUUUGCGAGGUGGCACAAGGAUCUCCAGGCCAUCGCCUACGAAAAGGGCUUUCACGCCGCGCUCAACGGCAAUGAGAAGGACCCUUACCGCAACCCCAAUGCGCCGCGCGACAGCCUCGAGCACGCCGGCACCUCCUUACCAGAGGGCUCAGCCUUCAUCACUCGCCCUGCUCUAGAGGCACGCCACAUGACAGCCAUCUCCGUCAUCCUAGCCACCACCAUGUCCCUCCUCCACGGCGACUCUGUCAAGCCAGAACCCGAUGAGGAAGCCCUUAGCAAGGACGAACGCGACGAGUGGUUCAAGUGGCAAAAGCGCGAGCUCGGCGCACGUGGCGCACUCCUACGCACCGUCGAGCCCCACAUCAUCUCGGACUACGAGCAUCUGUGGUACGCCGCAGACAUCUUCAAGGCCCUCAAACAGCGCUACCUUUCGGACACCAAGCAGCAGGUGAUCCGCAUCCGCUCAGCCAUGGCCACCCUCUUUGUCAAGACCGACGCAAACCUUGAGCAAAAGAAAGCCUACAUGACGACCUUUCGCAAGAAGCUCACCGAGCUCGCCGACCUGGGCUCUCCUCUCACAGAGGAUGAACGCGCCCAGAUGUUCUACAACGGCAUGCCACACGAGCUAGAGGCAACCAUCCGCCGCAUGGCCACAGACGACAAAUGGGAGACCAUCUCGCGCGUCUACGACAGGUACAUCGACUCUGUUAAACGCGAUUUGGAGCGCGAAGGCAAGCACGUCGCAGCCAGCGCAAACAAGAAGGACGACAAGGCCGACGAGGCCAGUACCUCCACUGGCCGUGGCCGCGGCCGCGGACGCGGGCGCGGGCGUGGACGUGGCGGUGCCACCACUGGGCGCACCACGGACACCGACACCGGCACCUCCAACAAACCUCCUCGCUGGUGCGCAUACCACCACGUUUUCUCACACAUGACCAACGAUUGCAACCAGAAGGAGUACCACACGGCCGAGAAUACCAAGGACUCGCCACCUCCUAAGAAGGAGAAGCCCAAGAAGGACGGCGAGGACAAGUCCGGCGCGUCGAUCGCCUCAUACACGCGUAUCCCUGACCACCUCGUGUCGUCAUACUCCCACGCGCCACCGGCACAGGCAGCUGCUGCCACCCUCUCGGACACGCAUGCGCAUCUCCUCAUCGACUCAGGAGCCAACACCUCACUCAUCGGCGACCGCACGCUGCUCAGCAACAUCUGCGCGCUCAAGCGCACCGCCUACUUUGAAAUGGGCGGCACUGGUUACCUCAUCCCCGCGGAUGAGGUUGGUGACAUCAUCAUCACCACCAGUGACGGAUCAGCCACCAUCCCAGACGUGCACUACUCCCCCGGCACUGUCCACAACAUGAUCUCCAAGCGCGUCUGCAAGGAGGCUGGCUGGACCUUUGACGGAGAAGACACCUGGAUGCGCAACGGCGCCGUCAACCUCGAGCUGGACGACAGCCUCAACGCGCGCCCCACGGCGACACUCCGGCGCCCUCAGCGUGCGCAGGUGGCACCAGUGGACAUUGUCCGCGACGACGAAGCUGAACCCGCCAAACCCAAGUACGGCGUUGGCUUUGUCCUUACCAUCCAUCGCCACCUCGCCCACAUGGGCAAGACUAAGAUGAUCGAGCUUGCGCGCGCCGGCCUCCUCACCGGCGUGGACCCAGAAGCCCUGGCCAACUCGGACUACCGGCUGCGUGAUUGCCAACACUGUGCAAUGCACAAGUCCACCAACCACCCACGCGACCAGCACUCAAUGCGCGGCUCUGCCAAGGGUGAGAUGAUCCACAUGGACCUCACCGGCAUGAUCUCCAACACGAGCGAGCGUGGCAACCAGUAUCUCCUCUGCAUGGCAGCAGACUACACUGGAGCCAAGGAGUACAUCCCCCUGCCUAGCAAGUCUGGAGCCCCCAUCCUUGCCGCCGUGCGCAGUUUCGUGCGCCGCAUUGAGAGGCAGACCGGCAUCAAGGUCAAGUGGAUCCGCUCGGACCAGGGAACGGAGUUCCUCAACGACGGCAUGGCCGAGUACUGCGCCGAGGAGGGUAUCAAUCACCAGACCUCCGCUGUCUACACGCCAGAGAACAACAGCGUGGCCGAGCGCGCCAUCCGCACCAUGAAGGAGGGUAUCGCCACCCUCCUUGCCGCCGCACCGCACAUCCCUGAAGACCUAUGGGACUACGCCGCCGAGUACCUCGCCGUCUUAAUCAACAUGGCAUCACUCAAUGAUGACGGCGUAUCGGCGUACGAGCUCAUGACUGGCCGCAAGCCCCACUUUGACAAUCUCAAGCCCUUUGGCACCAAGGUGUACGCGCGGCUUGCAAAGGCCAAGGUCAAACACCUCGACACGUUCGAGCGCCCACGAUCCGUGCCAGGUUGGCUUAUUGGUAUCGACCCACACUGCGCUGGCUGGUGCGUCCUCCUGGAAAACGACCACAGCGUGAUCUACACGCGCGACGUACUCGCUGCAGGGGAGCAAGGACCAGGAGAACCCAUCGCCGCGCCAGACGACAUCGAGUACCUCGAAGACGACCCCGACGCCGAGCAGGAUGACGUCAAUGAUGACGACAUUGCGCCGCCCGGUGAAGCCGCUGCCAUCAUGUACUACGACCAGCCCAUGUCCCUCGCCGCUGCCACCGAGGCCUCCGAAGGCGAUGACACCAUUCCUGUCCACGAGGGCCUACGCGGCGCAGAGCGCGAGCAGUGGCGCAAGGCCAUGGACGCCGAACUCGCCAACCUGCAGAAGUACGGCACCUACGUUGAGGCAGACCUGCCCGAGGGACGCAAACCUCUCUCUGCCAAGUGGGUCCUACGCCGCAAGCGCGACGCCAAUGGCAAGAUUGUCAAGUACAAGGCACGUCUGGUCGCGCGCGGCUUCAUGCAAGUACCAGGCAUCGACUUCGAGGACACGUACGCGCCUGUGAGUCGCAUGGGCACUGUACGCCUGUUCUUCAGCACCUGCGCGGCCAAGAAGUUCAACAUCCGCCAAUGCGACGUCGAAGGAGCCUACCUCAACGGCACGCUGGACGUUGAGCUGUACCUCAGCCCUCCAACCGGCGUUGCUGUCAAACCUGGCAAGGUCCUCAUGCUCAAGAAGGCAAUCUAUGGCCUCAAGCAGUCUGGCCACCACUGGUGGUUGGAGGCCCGCGCCGCCCUGCUCGAGCUCGGCUUUGAGGCCUGCGAAGACGACUGGGGUUUCUACCGCCGCAAGACCGACGGAGCGCUCGUGACCAUCUACGUGGACGACUUCCUCAUCGGUACAGCCACCACAAAGCAGGCCGACGACAUUAUCACCGCCCUCCGCAAGCGCUGGACAGUUGUCGACCUGGGCUACCCCUCACAAAUGCUCGGCAUCCGCGUUGAGAAGCGCGGCGACACCAUUGCGCUCAACCAGGCCACCUACAUUGAGCACAUUGCCAAGAAGCACAAGGUGGAGAACUGGAAGACUGGCAAGACAUGCCCUCUGCCAACUGCAGGGGAGCUACCCGGCUCUGAGGACGGCGACGAGCUCAGCGCAACCUUCACCUCCGAGUACAGGACCAUGACAGGCGGCGUCCUUUGGACAGCAAGCGUAUCACGCCCAGACAUCGCCUACACAGCUGGCUAUCUCGCGCGCUUCAACAACAAGCCCACCACAGUUCACCUUGCGACAGCGCGUCGCACCAUUGGCUACCUGUGGCACACGCGCAACCAGUGGCUUAUCCUCGGCAGCGACCCAAAGCAGACCAGGCCUGACGUGUACGCGGACUCGGACCUCGGCGGCUGCGUGGACACACGCCGCUCUACCACCGGCUACGUCGCAUUCUUCCUGGGCUCGCCAAUCACAUGGCAAUCGCGCCGCCAACAGACCACAGCCACGUCCACGACCGAGGCUGAGUACAUGGCCAUCUGCGAAGCUGGCCUAGAAACUGUCUUCCUCCGGCGCAUGGCUGAAUUUGUGGGCUACCCCCAGGACAAGCCGUCCACCCUGUACGUGGACAACACAGGCGCAAUCUCGUUGGCAAACAAGCCUACUGCGCACUCGCGCUCAAAGCACAUCGAGCGCCGCUACCACAAGAUCCGCGACCUGGUCAACACUGGCCAGUUUGCUUUGCAGCACGUACCCGCCGACAAGCAGAUUGCCGACGGCCUCACAAAGGCUUUGAGUGGCCCCAUGCAGGCCAAGGCCUGCAAGGAUCUCAAGCUCCGCGCCUGA